AUGGAUCAGUUCAAAGGCUGUUUAUUAGGCGCACUCAUCGGAGAAUGUGUUGGAACACCCCUCAAGCGCCCCACGUCUUGCCACAUGAACCUGGCGGGGGUGCGUAGUAAAAUUUCGACUUACUGGGAAAAAAUGCUACUGACUCACGCUUACGGAAGGUCACUACUGGAUACCGGCUACUUUUCCAUGGAAAAUGCCGCUCGGGAAUGCAGCAAUGCUUUUUACCAGAACUACACUAAGCGGACAGCCUUUGGCAAACUGACUGAGAUUAUUGCCAGCUGGAAACAUUCGCCCCCAAAAGACUGGACCGCCGCGGCGCAGAGCGUCCGCAACCGGGGAACAGAGUGUAAUCCCGCCGCUUGGAUAACAGCGUUUCCCUUGUACUUUUACAAUCGGACGGAGCAGAUGAGUUACUCUGUAGACCGUGUAGCUCGACUUACCCACUCCUCCAAUGACGCCGCCGCUGGAGCACAGUUGCAGGCUUACGCCAUUAGUCUGGUUCUAAAGAAUAAAAAGAUGAAGGAGCUUGAGUUUCUCGCCGCUCUUGUUGAAUACACUAGCAAGUCUCUCCCCGAUUCUGUACGUCAGGAAUUUUAUACACGUAUGAUGAUGGUGCUGGACUACGCGCAACGCGCUGAACCGAAAGAGAAAUUGUUCAAAGCGAUUGGCGUUGGCACCAGCCCUUUGGACGCAGUUCCCGUUGCCAUUUACUGUGCUGCUAUUGGCCGCCGCAGCGGAUGCCCUUUUGAAGCCACUUUUCAUGCGGCAAUGUCAACUGGAGGAUGCACUGAUGCCAUUGGGACCAUGGCUUGUGCCAUUGCAGGAGCCUGGUCCGGAUUCUCAGGUAUACCUGACGAAAUGGUGGGCAUGUGGGAUGGCCAGGAGCAGAUUUAUGCCUUAGCAAAAGAGCUGUACACGUACGUUUCCACACUGCACGGUCCCGACGGACCACUCUCCACGAUCGAAAAUUGGCCACACCUCCUACCUUCCGCUGGCGCCAUGGCGAGGACGGGCCUGUACUACAUCGGAUCAAAAGAUACUGUUAAAUGUCAUUACUGUCGGUUCACAAUGAGCAACUGGACACCGGGAGAUCCAUACAGUGACCAUCAGAGAUUUAACGAAAAUUGUAUUUUUGUCACAAACUGUACUGCUACUCCUGCGUAUGUUCGUGCGUCAUGA